UUAGUUUUGUUUCCUGAUAAUUCAAACCAACUGUCGUCACUUCCGUUAAAGAUGGCCUUCUUUGUCUUUUCCCGUCAAGCCGGUUUACAAAGCGCAUUCGCCGGUAGAGGUGUGAGUUCGCAGUUUGUGAAUUUUCUUAGCUGUACUUUGGUCAGAAACUUAAGCCAAAAAAUGGGUUUGCCCAGGGUAUAUUUCGACAUGACUGCUGAAAACGAGCCCGUUGGAAGAAUCAUUAUCGAGCUAAGAAACGACGUAGUUCCAAAAACAGCCGAAAACUUCCGGGCCUUGUGCACCGGCGAAAAAGGCUUUGGCUACAAAGGAUCCACCUUCCACCGUGUCAUUCCCAACUUCAUGUGCCAAGGAGGCGACUUCACCAACCACAAUGGCACUGGAGGAAAAUCAAUCUAUGGAAACAAAUUCGCAGAUGAAAACUUCACACUAAAGCACACCGGACCUGGAGUAAUGUCGAUGGCCAAUGCUGGUCCAGACACCAAUGGAUCCCAGUUCUUCAUCACCACCGUCAAAACUUCCUGGCUGGACAACAGGCACGUUGUAUUCGGUGCCGUAGUCGAAGGAAUGGACGUCGUCAAGAAGAUCGAGGCUUUGGGCUCUCAAUCUGGAAAAACAUCCAAGAAAAUUGUCGUAGCAGACUGUGGUCAAUUGUAAAUUUAUAUAAUUCUUUUUUAAAAAUAUGUUUUAGAAUAAAAUGUCUUACAUGGUUAAGAAAAUUAUUGUAGUUGGUAGUUAUUAUACAAUUCCUAGCUAUUUGUGGCUUAGUAUAUGAACUGUUGGAAAUAAUAAUAUAGUGAUAGAGCAUGCCCAUUCUAAUGGGUGAGAUGAAAUAUACUAAGCAGUUUCUUAAAUACAAACGAAAUGCUCUGAAGAGAAUGUCAUCUGUUAGAAUGGUUCAAACACCUUCACAGGAAUAGUUACUGAAUGAAGGUUUCAUUUUUUUAAACCUCUGAAGUAAUACUUAGCUUUAAGAAUAACACCGUAGAUUUCAUUCAAAUGAAUUGAAAUCAAAUGUGUACACGUGCAGGCAUUAGCUUUGACAAGUGUACUAGCCUUGGUAGUAUUUUUACACCUCGGCUAAAGUUCUUAUUUCACGUCUGAGGUUUCUCGAUUGAUAUAGGGACUCAUCUCUUCUGUUUUAGGUACAACACUAUCGUAAAUUCUCUAUUUUCACUUAAUAGAAAAAUGUAUACAUUCCAUGGUAUAUUUUUAGUAAUGAAUUGCUAGUUCGUACUGCAGAAGGGAUACAACAGCAUCAGGGACGCAGUUGGGGUAAUGUAGAAGUAUCCGAUUACCUCUACUCUCCUUAGGUGGCAACACUGCAACAGUAACAACAUUGUUUAAAAAUUCCAGAAAUUAAAUUGUGAAUUUUUAAAUGCAAAAAAACUCAGAAAAACUUAAAAAAAUCAUAAAACAAAAAAAGUACAAGAACGCAAAACAUCUUAAUAUAUUUUUGAAACAUCUACAUAAUUUAAACUAAUUUAUCCAUUCCAAUUAAUAUUUGUGUUCUUGACAAAAAAAAUGCAACAGUUCCAAUCAACAUUCAAAGUUCUCGCUACUAAUGGUAAAAAGUAAUAUCUCUUUUGAUUUUGCAUUAAAUCUUAACCAUUUAAGACGUUUUCCAAUUGCUCCGAUAUAAAAAUGAUACACCCUUCUUGAUAUAACGUUCAUAAAAGUUAAUGUUUACUUCCCUCGCCCCAUUUGACCUACAAUAACACAGAACAAGUUUCGUUGCCUGUCGUAGAUUCAUUCACGUCACAAAUGACACAAACAUCAGACCACAUUCGUCAAAAUGGUUGAAAUGACAUAAAAUGUUGCCCUACAACUUAUUUUUAUGUUACAAUGUUGCAAUGCUACAAUGUAGGUCAAACAGUAGAAAAUGGCAUUAAUAGUACACAUAUAUCUCGAGCGCAGAAACGACGAAAUAAAAAAAACUAACGAAAGGGAAAAACUAAUUUUCGAGCAAGCUAAGAAGAAUAAAGAGGGGUCCAGCAUUGUAGAAGCCAACGCUAUUAAACAAGUGCUUAAAACCAUGAAUUUGAAACUUCACAAUAUUCCUGCAGAUGGAAACUGUUUUUAUUUAGCUGUAAAUCAUCAGUUGUAAGUUACUGGAAGACCAACUAAGUCUGUAAAUGAUUUAAGAAAAGUUACAGCAGAUUUUAUAAAACAAAUCAAAGAUGACUUCAUUCCAUUUAUGUGCAAUGAAUUAGAUGAAUCUGAAGUAGUUAGCGAGGAACAGUUUAAAAAUUAUUGUAAACAGCUUUGUUGCAACAACAAAGUUAUGGGGAGGUCAGUUAGAACUGUGAGCUUUAUCGAAUAUUCUUACUUGCCCUAUUAAAGUUAUUUAGGCCGCGGGUCCUCCCACACUACAGGGUGAACAAUUUAAAGGUCCAGAACUGGUUUUAACCUACUGUAGACAUUUAUACCGUUUAGGAGAAGAUUAUAACUCUCCUAUACCAAUCACUAGGGACGAAGAUGUAUAAAAAUCACUGCCAAUAGCUUUAAUUAGGAAAUUUAAUAAAAAUAUAUGACAACUACACGUGAAACUGAUUAAAAAGCGAUAAAAAAAUUUAGAAUUUAAAAAUAUUCAGUAAUCCUAAUAUUUUGAUAAUAAUAAUCCUAUUUUGACAACGGAAUCCGAUUUGGAUGUCGAAACGUUAAUAAAAUCAUUUUUUUUAGUAAAAUUGUGGCUUAUUUCCCAUUGAAAAUAGUUGAUUAGAAACAUGCCACAAGGAAAUAACUUCAGAACAACAUUAAUCCUAAUAGUUUUGAAAUUAAACGUUGACUUAAGAAAAUUUGUUGCAUAUGCGGAAAAUUUUCGUCUGGUCAUCAGGCGGGGAGUUAUUGUACAGUAAAAUUGUGGCUUAUUUACCAUUUAAAAUAGUUGAUUAUAAAAAUGCCACAAGGAAAUAGCUUCAGAACAACAUUAAUCCUAAUAUAUAGUCUUGAAAUUAUGUGUUACUCGAGAAAAUUUGUUGCAUAUGAGGUAAAUAUUCGUCUGGUCAUCAGGCGGGGAGUUAUGUAAUAGGAUUUCAAAUUUAUGUACAAUGUUGGUCCAGUGUGACUUUAAUGUGACCCAUUUAGGGAGCAUUAUCUCGAUCACAAAGAACAAAUACAAUGCCCUUACAACAGUGCUCAUCUCAUAUGAAGAAAGGUAUUUAAUACGCAUCUGGUAAAGUGCAAAAAGGCUAAUCCAAAUAUUAAAUUGGUAAAAUGUGACCCAUUUUGUAGAAGAUACAUGCUCUCAGCAUCAUCACGAAAAUUGUCCUGAUCGAAAGAAAAUUGAGACGCAUUUUUGAAGUUCAAGUGUAUCACAUCUUCGUUAGAAUAAACAAAUAGUUUAUUUGUUUAGCAGGGAUUGUAAUUGAAGUGAAAUUAUUAAUUAAAUCUACUGGAUAUUUGACGUUAGAGAAAUGGUAAGUGAAGUAUGACAUGCAGCGAAAUCUGUUCUGUGUUUAGUGUAUUCGUAAUUUUUUGACUGUUAAGUAUAGGUGUAUCAUCUUGGAAAAACUGUUAUAAUAGAGUUUUGUGAUCUGAUGAUUUAUCCGUUAAUAAUAUUUAUAUUAAUAAUGCCAUUAGAGAUAGGUAUGACUUUGCAUUUAAAUUGUUUCUUAUUUUUUUGGUGUUAAUCAUCGUAUGCGAAUGCAGACUGACCGAAGAAUGGCGGUCAGUCGUUCUAGAUUCUUAAUGUUUUUUACCAGAAUUGUAAGAGGAAUGAAUAAAUCCAUCAUAACCAGCAA